CGUGGUGCGCACACCCCCUUCUCUUCUCGGGAAUAACAAGGGAUUUAAAAAUCUGGGAGAGGCUUUUAUUAGUGCUGCCACUUCUCCGAGGUGAAAUUCCCCAAUUAGGAAAAAUGCCAGAUACGCGGCGAUGCAACUGCUUGAACUGCGAGAUGUGAUAGAGCAGGGUGGAAAAUGCUCAUCGCCAUUUUUCUGCUUCAUAAUAUAAUCGCGAUUUCUCUGGAGUUUACUCACACCAUUAUUCUACUCUUGUUUUUAUUUCCGAUUUCAUUUACUCUUCUUUCCCAACCACCCUUUCCUUUGGGAAGCACUACAGUGGCGCAGUUCUAUGUUUCGCUUUACCGAUGUUUUACUCACAGGUUAACAGUGGAUGUGAAGAAGAGGGCUAAUAGGUAGGAGCAAAGAGGCUGAAGAUUUACGCAGUUCGAAUUUGGCGCUGAGC